AUGCUUGCUUUUUUGCUCAUUCUGUUUACAAACUAUAUUUCACAAAACAUCUUUUGGUUUCUCUACAAAGGAAAUGGAUGCAAACAAGGUUGCCCAUCAACAAGCAAAGGAAGCAAAUUAAAAUAUCAACCCGGCCAAGUGUAUAGCUAUAACUUCGAAAGUACAGUAUCGAUUUCAAUUGGAAAAGAUCCCCAAGAUAUUCAAUUGCAAGUUCAGGGUACAGCUCAUGUGCACAGCUAUUCAAAUUGCCAAUAUGGUUUGGAUUUGAAUGAUGUGACAUUUAUUGGACCGGAUAAGGUCAAGACAAAGUUCAAUAGCAAAUUACAAUUAUCGAAAAUCGUACAAUUCACAUUGUCCGACGAUAAAUUGGAAUCGGAAAUUUGCGCCAACCCAGACGAUUCCGAUGUUUCGUUGAACAUUAAACGAGCAUUGAUUUCAUUGUUGCAAUUGAACGAUGGACCCGCUGAAGAAGUCGAUAUAUUCGGUAAAUGUCCAACAAACUAUGCCGUCACAAAGAACGAUGAUGGUUCAUAUGUCGUUACCAAAACUCGUGACUUGAACGCAUGCAGUUACCGUGAAAACUUUGUCAGUGGUAUUAUUACUGGUGUUUUCAAUGAAAACAGCAACAUAAAAUCGACUCCACUAUUGAAUGGCAAUUAUACCAAUGAAGUUCGUGUCAAUCGUAAUGGCAUCGUAGAAUCGGCUCAAGUUGUUGAAGAUUAUGUGUUGGUGCCGUUUUCAAAUAGUGAAGUCGGUGUUCGUGCACGUGUUAUCACAUCAUUCCGAUUGAAAGACCAAAAACCAAAUGACGGUGAAACACUAUCGGUUUCAGUACCACGGUCGUUGAUCUAUGAAAGCGUUAAAAAACCACAAGCCGAUAACUAUAAAAUCGCAAAAAAAUCGCUAUUGGCCAUUUGUAAAACAUAUGAACAACGUGAAGUUGGUGCUCAAGAUGCUGGUCAAUUCAUCGAAAUCAUUCGUUCAAUGCGCCACAUGAAAACGGAUGACAUUUUACUAUUGUAUAAAGAUGCAACACAGCAUAGCAAUCCAAUUUGUCGCAAAGUAUGUUUGGAUGCUGUUUUCCGUGUUGCCAGCGCUGAUUCGAUCAAUGCUAUCGCAAUGCUAUUGGAAAAUAAUAAAAUUAACGAAAUACGUUUGGCCUAUCUUUCAUUCAAUUUGGCUACAUCGGUUAACAAGGAAACUAUCAACAUUUUAACGAAAUUGGUCGACAAAAACGGGUCUCUUGUUCUAAAAGAAAGUUACUUGAGCAUUGGAAACUUAGUCAAAAAAUACAUACAACAAUAUGGUAACGAAAAUGAUGCAGAUCUCGUGAAAUUACUUGAUAAAUUGGCCGAUAAAUUGGGUAAUUGCAAAAGCAUAUAUCAUAGCCAAGAAGAUUUGAUUAUUGCCAUUUUGAAGGGACUACGUGGUGUCAAAGGUGUCACUGGAUCAUAUUUGGAUAAAGUGGUGACAUGUUCAAGUGAAGGUAAUGCCGGACGUGUUCGUACUGCUGCCAUUCAAGCAUUUGCAUCGGCCUCAUGCGACAACAAAAUCCAAUCGGCUGCAUUGAAUCUCUUGAAAAAUCGUAAAGACGAUUCGGAAUUCCGUAUUGAAGCAUAUUUAGCUUUGGUCGAUUGUUCAUCACCAGAAAUUGCCGAUGAAAUAUCAAAAUUAUUGGAUGACGAAACUGUUUAUCAAGUUGGCUCAUUUAUUGUUUCGCAUUUGAAAAAUUUGCGCGCAUCAACCGAUUUGUACCGAGAAAAAGCACGUAAAGAUUUUGCCAAUGUUCGUGUAUCACAGAUAUUCCCAAAUGAUAUUCUUGAAUCUUCAUUCAAUCAUGGAUUCUCCUAUGAAAUUGGAUCGUUUGGUUUGAGCGGUAGCAUUGACAGCAACGUCAUUUACUCGCAAAAAUCGUUCACACCACGUUCAUUUCGCACGAAUUUCACCGCUGAAUUGUUCGGCUCUAAAUUCAACAUUUUCGAACUAAGCGGACGUCAAGAGAACUUUGAUUUGGUGUUGGAGCGUUACUUUGGCCUUCAAGGAUAUUUCAAUACAUUGAACAAACAGGAGAAUGUCGGUUCAUCGCGUGAUGAAAUUGAUUUUUCGGUGAAAAUGUUCGGUUCGGAAUUGUAUUUCUUGAGUUUGAGUAACAAUUUACCAUCAAGCAAAGAUUUUACAAAAGAAUUCGGUCGCUUAUUGCAAAGCGUCGUGAAAGAUACCAAAGAAGGCGGAAAGAAACAGUACGAAGCUCAGUCGUUAUUCCUUGAUGCUGAAUUCUCUUACCCAACCAGUUCUGGUUUUCCAUUGAAGAUUCAAUCACAAGGUGCGGGUGCGUUCCGUUUGGAAGCUUCACUCAAGGCUGACUUUAAGGACAUUCAAGCCAAUCCAAAGAACACGAAAUUCGCGGUUAGCAUUUCGCCAAGUUACAACGUUGAAUUGACUGGAAUUAUUAGCGUUGAUGGCUAUGAAGUAGCGACCGGUGUCAAAGUUACCAGCAAUGUGCACAGUGCAACUGGUGCCGAAUUAUCUUUCGAGCUAUUGGGCCAAGGCAAAGGUGUUGAUGUUAAAGUGGAUUUUCCACUUAAAAAACAAGAAAUUCUCAGUUUUGACCUUGAUAUCUUUUUUAUCCAACAAAACUUGGGCCAUCCAAGCAUUACACACAAUUUAAAAUCGGCACAAAAUAAAUAUGUUACCAAUGACAAAGAUUGUUUCGAUCAAUUCCAAAAAUAUUUGGGAGUAACCGUUUGCUAUGAAUUUUAUUCCAAAAAAGGCGAAAAAUUGCAUGCAUUGGCUUAUAUUAAAAUUGAAAAACAAUACCAAUUUAAUGCCACCUAUGACGAUUCAGUCGCACAAAAACCGAGAUUAGAAUUGGUGUUCGAUACACCCGAAUCAGUAGACAAACGUAAAGUAUCGAUUGGAUUCGAAAGUGCCAGUCAACAAAAACCAUACCUAAGGGCAAAAAUUGUAUCACCGUACAAAUCGGUAGAGGCUGAAAUCGCUGUCAAUAAUAACGAUAAAGAAUGGGCCAUCUAUGGACAAGCCAAAAUUGAUGCCUUGCAAUAUUUGUUGAAAUUAGGUUUGAAAAAGAAUGGAUCAAGUACACGUCGUGAAUACACACCAUACAUUGAGUACUCCAAUCCAGAUGCAAUUCCAUACAAAGCGAGCGGAAAACUUAUUAUCGAUUCAUCACAAUCGUCGAAUGAUAUUGAAAAUAUACGAUGCAAAUUCGAAAAAUUGACCAUUGGGCCAGCACAAAGUGAUGGAAAAUUCGGUCCAUUGGUAUUUGAUGGAUUGUAUGAAUAUAAGAAACUUUUGAACAUGAGAACCGAGUUUGUUGCAACAGAUUUGGAUGUUAAAUACAAGGAUAGUUCGGCUAAUAUAAAAGGUAAUGCCCUUAUCAAAAACCAAGAAUUGAAAUUGGAUUUGGAUUUUUCACUUUUGAGUGAUAUUGCCAACGGUCGUGUGAACUUCCUUCACCAAACCAUUAGCAAUCUAGACCAAAAAAAAUCCGAUCAAAUAUUCGUAUUUGUGUAUGGCCGUGACUUUGAAUCGACAACCAAACGCAUUAAAUUAACCACCGACUAUGAAACCGAGAAAAAGGACGAUAAAUACGUUAGCAUUGCUGGCAAAAACACGCUCAUCAUUUCAUCAAUUCCAAUCAAACUUCUGCUUAACGGUGGAUACCGUGCGGGACAUUUUGACUAUGAAUUUAUUGGUGACUAUGACAAAUGUGAAGUAUCAUCAAAAUUGAAUGUUGAUGUUAAUCAGACGAGCAAAGGCGAUUGGGAUGUUAAAUUCAAAGGAGCCGUGAAUAAUCACAAUAUUCAAUUGGUAUCAUCACGUGACAUCGAUGAUGCGGCUCAACAAGAGAUUGAUCUUGAUGCCGUUAUUGUAGUUGGACAAAAACCAUUGAAAUUAGACUUUAAAUUUGUGCUCAAUCCAAAGUCUGCUCAAAGCAACGGAAAAUUGCUGAACGACAAUGCAGAAGUCAUUUCAUUUAAUUCCGUUCUCAAUUCGGUGAAAGCCCAAAUUGAAAGAUCAGUGCCAUCAACACGAACACCAUCAACAACACUUCCACCACCAAUACCAUCAAUUUCUGUGGUGAUCACUUCGCCUGAGUUUCAAAUUGGAGAAACUAUGAGACUACCAUGCAACGCAUACGACAACAUCAUACACACUCCAGCCACAGUCAUCUGGCGUAAAGCGAAUGGAUCUCUCCCGGAUCGAUCACAUCAAAAGAAUGGUGUUCUUACAAUCACAAAUUCUCAACUUGCUGACGCUGGUGAAUAUAUUUGUCGAGCUGAAUCCAAGGGGCAUUACGAAAAAAGUAUAACAAUUAUGAUCAGAGACAAUCGUUCCAAUCAAACCGAAAACCUAGAACCAUGGCAAGUAUUUCAUGGCGCUGUUCUCGGUGAAAAUCUGAGAGCAAUUGAAGAACUACUCGCAAACGGAACGGAUGUGAAUAUCAGAGACCGCAAUGGUCGAACACCUUUAUUUACUGCAGCUCGAAAUGGUCGACAUAUAAUGGUUGAGUCAUUGUUAAGGAAUGGUGCUCAUAUCAAUUUGAAAGAUUACUAUGGCGCAGCUCCAAUUCACACAGCAACUUCGGAAGGUCACAAGCGUGUUGUGGAAAUACUUAUUAAAAAUGGCAUAGAUAAACAUUCAAGAGACGAAAAUGGAAACGCGCCAAUAAAUAUCGCCGCUCAGAAAGGUUAUGAGGAAAUUGCUGAUUUGCUACUCAAAAAUAGUGUCAAUGUCAACAAUCAAGAUAGGGAUGGAAAAACAGCAUUGUUUACGGCUUCGAGUUUUGGUCGCAUUGAACUGGUCAAAAUGUUAUUGAGUCAUGGUGCGAAUGUUAAUCUCCAGGACAAUCGUGAACAAACACCAUUAUUCAGCGCUUCUUUGGCAGGCUUUGAUGAUAUCGUUAAAGUGUUAGUCGAAAAGAAACUCGAUAUAAAUAAACAGGAUCAAAAUGGAUGGUCGCCACUACACGUCGCCACUCAAAAUGGCUUUGAAAAGAUUGUAGAUAUUUUAGUGAGAAAUGGAGCCGAUGUCAAUUUACAAAAUCAAAAUAAAGACACUGCAAUGAAUCUGGCUACAAGAAAAGGAAAAAUGGAAAUUAUCGAAAUUCUUGAAAAACGGCGAUCAGAAUGGGCAUGCGAAUCAUACUCAGAUGAUAAUAUGAAUCUUCGGAUUUAUGGUGGUGUAGAAACUACUUCGGAGGAAUUCCCUUGGAUGGCGGCUUUAGGCUAUUUAGACUAUUCAGACGAUGAUUACAAAGUGACAUUUCGCUGUGGAGGUACCAUCAUAUCGGAUUAUUUCAUACUAACUGCUGCGCACUGUACUUCAAAUCCUAAACCGGUUGUCGUUCGAUUGGGAAAAAAUACUCUAAGCAUUAGCGAUGAUGAUGGAAUUAAACCAGAAAACUACAGAAUCGAGGAAAUAAAAAAACAUCCAAACUAUUCGCGUCUAACUAUGAAAAAUGACAUUGCAUUAAUUCGAGUGACAAAGCGAAUUUCUUUCAAAUAUAAUAUUUCGCCGGCAUGUCUGCAAACUGAUGUAAAUGACAUUCACGUAGAUGUGCCGUUGAUCGUGACUGGUUGGGGAAGAACAACAGACAAAAAUUUAAAUACAUCAAACAUUUUGAUGAAAACACAAUUGAAAACAAUGCCACUGUCCGAAUGUAACAAAACGCUUUCGAAGUGGAAUAAAAUAGCAAAAUUGUCACCUUAUCAAGAUGGCAUUAGCCACGGACAGUACUGCGCUUAUGACCCACAGGCACGAAAUGAUAGUUGUCAAGGCGACAGCGGCGGGCCACUGCAGUACUAUUCCGAUUCAACAUUUGUGGCCACAGUUGUGGGCAUAGUUUCCUUUGGCGAAAGCUGUGGCACUGCAUGGCCGGCCAUUUACACACGCAUCGCAUAUUAUAUAGAUUGGAUUGAGGGCAUCGUUUGGCCACCAUAUCCAUAGAAAAGAAA